AUGGCAUUUGCUUUGCGGCAGCUAGAAGCUGAUCUCCUAGCCUGUGGCCAACCGGACUACAUCAUUCGAACCACUUCUUUGUCCACUAUUGGGGACGACGAGAUUCUAUCUCCUCGAUUAUGGUAUCCUUCAGAAACAAGCAAGGCACACACCCUUGGUGCCAGUAAUGGGCCAAUAGGAAGCACAACGAAUGUCUUUCUUGCACUCAUGCAAGAGCAAUGCUUGAUGUCAGUGUUGGAAACGCACGCAUUAGAGCACGAAGUGAUGGACAAUUUCGUAUCAUUAGCAAUGAGAUGGGGAUUGUCUCGUCCAGCUGCAGUCAAUAUGUCGUCCGAUACACAAUCUAAGUCUGAUACGAACAACAGUGACAGUGGCUUCUUAGAUUUGGAAUGUGCGACCAAAAGAUAUGCCUUCCGGGGAAUACAACAAUCCUGGGGCAUCUCGGAGAUGGAAAGGAGAGUCCGCCUUGAGGACAAUAUCAUUGAUGAGUUGUGCAAAAUCACCGCUGCUCGAGAGCACUUCCGACUGGGAAAUGGAGUCUUGAUAGAAAAUCAUGCAAACUCGUUAGACGACAAGCCAGAAAAAGACCCCCAGUCGAGUUCGCGACCCUCAAGGCCUGAUUCCUUUUUCAUCCAUCAACGAGGCAAUGAUGUGAAGUCCGUUGUCAUGACAAUCGAAUACAAACCACCUCACAAUAUAAUACCCACUCCAAAGAUUGGCCUGCUGGUUUCCUGA